ACAAAUUCCCCGAUUUUGCAGAUACUUGUGCCGUUGUUGCAGUAGACUGACCCGCCUGGCCAAUCCCACAGCUCUGGAGUUUUUUCUGAGAAAAAGAGCUAGUUCCACGAGAUUUUCCAUUCAUCCAUACAUUUCAAGAUUGUAGUAGAAUACAAUUUCUGAUCACUUUUCAGUCAGUCACUAGAUUUUAAGGGUCUUUCUUUUGUAAAAGAAGCUGCUUGAUAUCAUUUUUGCAUUUCCACAUUUAUCUUCGUAUUCGUUGUAGUAAUUCGUUGUCGUCAUAGUCUUUUGUUAUUAUCAUGUUGAGAGCCUCCAGAAUAGCCAGAAGCGUCAGGAUUCCCAGCGUGAGCCAGAGAUUGUUUCUGAGUGUUUCGCGUGUCCAAGCUGCUCAUUCUGACGAACCAAAACCAUUCCAAACCGCAUUGGGUAAGCCCGCUCAAAGAUACUCUGAUGCUCCAGGGACUUUCGGAAAGACCACUUUUUCCGAAGUCAUGGAUGAAGUCGAUAUGGUCUGGGGAAAAGACGAUGACCCUAAAAAGGUUGCCAAACAGAACUCAAAAAUCAGACAUUUCACCAUUAACUUCGGUCCUCAGCAUCCUGCUGCCCAUGGAGUGUUGAGAUUGAUCUUGGAAUUGCAUGGGGAAGAAAUCGUCAGAGCCGAUCCUCACGUAGGUCUUUUGCACAGAGGAACCGAGAAGUUGAUCGAGUCCAAAACAUACAUGCAAGCGUUGCCAUACUUUGACAGAUUGGAUUAUGUGUCUAUGAUGACCAACGAAUUGGUCUUUGCAUUGGCUGUAGAGAAGUUGUUGAAUGUAGAAAUUCCACUCAGAGCCAAAUACAUCAGAACUCUCUUCGGCGAAAUCACAAGAAUCUUAAAUCACUGUAUGUCUGUCUUGUCGCACAUCAUGGAUGUCGGUGGUUUGACUCCGUUCCUUUGGGGUUUUGAAGAGAGAGAAAAGUUGAUGGAGUUCUACGAAAGAGUUUCUGGAGCCAGAUUACACACUGCCUAUGUGAGACCCGGUGGUGUUUCCCAGGACUUACCAGUCGGUUUAUUGGACGACAUCUACAUGUGGGCUACCCAGUUUGGUGACAGAAUUGAUGAAACCGAAGAGUUGGUCACCGAUAACCGUAUCUGGAAGGAUAGAACUGUAGAUGUAGGUGUAGUUUCGGCUGAAGAUGCGCUCAACUACUCCCUUUCUGGAGUCAUGUUGAGAGGCUCUGGUAUCCCAUUUGAUAUCAGAAAAUCCCAGCCUUACGAUGCCUAUGAUUUGGUGGACUUCGACAUUGCUGUCGGCAUGAAUGGUGACUGUUACGACCGUUACUUGAUUAGAAUGGCUGAAUUCAGACAAUCAUUGAGAAUUAUCUUCCAAUGUAUCAACGAUAUUCCAGAAGGUCCUGUUAAGGUCGAAGACUACAAGAUCUCGCCUCCUCCAAGAUCUGUAAUGAAGGAAGAUAUGGAAGCAUUGAUCCAUCACUUCUUGUUGUUCACUAAGGGUUACGCUGUGCCUCAGGGUGAAACUUAUACCGCCAUCGAAGCUCCUAAGGGUGAAAUGGCUGUGUAUGUCGUCUCCGACGGCUCAGAAAGACCAUACAGAUGUAAGAUCAGAGCCCCUGGUUUUGCUCAUUUGGGUGCUUUUGACCACAUCUCCAGAGGAAACUUGUUAGCCGAUGCUGUGGCCAUCAUUGGUACCAUGGACUUGGUGUUCGGAGAAGUUGAUCGUUAGAACUGAAGUUUAAAUAUAUAUAUUAGUAAAGAACUGCAUUAUUGU